UUGGUUGAAAAUACACGAAUGCGGCAUUGAAAUCUCCGUGGAGGAGGUAGGCAACAAUCAUUUCCUCAGUUCAAUGGAGGGCUUCUUCAGGGACAGACUGGGGUUGAAGCUGUUCAGGGAUUAACUUGACCACGAAAGCUUGGAAACAAACGGGCAACAAAGAUAGCUUUUGUUGUGAGACGUCAAAAUAUUUUUGCUUGUACGGUUUGCUUCAGUUUAGGGCAAGUUAUCAUCUCUCAGCUCGCCCCAUCCCUGAAUACAACCUGAUCCCUGUGAACACGGUUUCCCCAAGAAGUUGAUGGCCUCAAAAGGGUGGUUGUGCUCGUGAGAAAGUAAUUCCCAAAGGAAAAAGGGAAAAACGACCUCUUUAGACAUUCAUCAUGGGCUUAAGACAUUACUGGCCUAUCCUCUUGGUACUUCUUCCAUCAGUGAUUGCGGCUCUGGCUCCUCCAGAUCACGAGAGGAACAGUCGACAGCUCACCAAAAGCCUCAUGAAUCUGGAUUUGGGCUACAAUGUGAUGAACCAAGCCGCUCUUCGAAAGAGCAUGGGUUUCAAUGUGGAGGAUAUAGAUCGAUCGGAUGACGUGUUCGAAGAUUAUGAAUAUCUUGAGGACAUGGAAGACUCUGACGGGGACGACAAUAAUAGUGAGGGAGUGUCGUUGUUCAAUAGUGAUCAUCGGGAAGUUCUCCCUGCACCUUUGUCAUUGGCGCGGCAGGAUGGUUUCUUCGGCAGUGGUCCUAACCCUGAGGGCUUUUGGCUGGACUCGAACUUCUGGGAAUCUUCUGCUUGGAGCCCAUUCGGAGGUCGUCCUCAAAGAAAGCCUCAAGUGCAGGCUUCGCAUCCGCGAUCGCACCCCAAGAAAAAGAUCUUUGUAGGUGACCAACAUCAAUGCUCGUCUGGGAGUUGUGAAUUCUUUCUUUUUUGUUGGCUUAGUGGGGGUAUUGUAGAAGGGGCUUGUGGGGGAAUUUUGUUUGCUUGUUGUCAGAGACCACAUUCCGUGGGGGCGAAGACCAUCUUAGCACGGGAUAACGCUCAUCGACCCGAAUUGGAUUUUGGUUCGGUUCAAAACGAUCCCCGGUGUGGUUUGAGUGCCGGUCGAAGGAAUGUAGCCCAAAGACGUAUUGUGGGCGGGGACGAGGCCGGAUUCGGCUCUUUCCCGUGGCAGGCUUAUAUACGGAUAGGCACUUCCAGAUGCGGAGGCUCACUAGUCAAUGAGUGGUACGUCGUCACUGCUGGUCAUUGCGUGGCCAGGGCCCGGGCAUCCCAAGUCCGGGUUACUUUGGGCGAAUACGUCCUGAAGUCAAGUGUUGAACCCCUACCCGGCCGGACUUAUGGUGCAUCAACCAUCAAAGUCCAUCCGUACUUCAAGUUCACGCCCCAAGCAGAUCGUUACGAUGUGGCCGUGGUCAGAUUGAACCGGCGGGUGGACUUGGCUCCGCACAUCAGCCCCAUCUGUCUACCCCCCAAAGAAUUGGAUAUGCACGACAUGCAUGGGUGGGCAGCUGGUUGGGGUGCAUUGCAACCAGGCUCUCGACUUCGACCAAAGACUCUCCAGGUGGUGGAUGUGCCAAUGAUUGAUAAUCGAGAAUGUGAAAACUGGCACAAAGAUAAAGGUAUCAACGUGGUCAUCUAUGAUGAGAUGGUAUGUGCUGGUUAUUACCGUGGUGGUAAAGAUAGCUGUCAAGGCGACAGUGGAGGACCACUUAUGUCAGAAAUGGAAGGACGGUGGACACUCAUUGGUAUUGUCUCAGCGGGUUACUCGUGUGCAAAGCGAGGACAGCCAGGAAUUUACCAUCGAGUUUCGCGGACCGCAGAUUGGAUUUCCUAUUCAAUCAGCACGUGAAUGCUGUGUCCACAUGGAAGCAUAUCCCUUCAAAAUCAACAAAACCAUCCCCUCGAUAAGCUACAUUAACUUCUGAUUCAUGAAUAUCCGUUGCCAUAUUCAUCUGUGUGAUAACCAUUCAGAGUGAAUGGCCCCCAAAACUUUCUGGUUGAGCCUUAAUGCAAGACUGUUGCUCUUUCCCGUAUACUUCAAUGUUUGAAGAAGAAAAAGAAGAAGGAAAGGAAAAGAUGUCCUCAUUUCAAGGCCCCCAGCAAACUGUAUCCUUAAUCUGCAUGCUUGAUCUCAUUAAGAUCAUCCAACAUUUCCUCCGAAACUUGCAAUUUCCAAACUCUUUAUUUUUUCUCGUGACGAGUCAGCUGUUCCCAAGGUUGAGUUUCCCGCUUAAACCAAAUUAAUG